GUUUACGAACAAUCCGCGAGUAAUGGUGUAGUGGCCUAUGCGCUACACUCCGAAAGCUACUCUCUUAGGAUAACUCGGUUCACAAUCUCAGGAAUGUGAGUCUGAGGAGGAGGAGGGGAAGGCUCUGAGUUCUUGUACCAACCUUUUUGUGGUCCCGAAUGACGUCCAUCUUGUACUUUCGAGUCUUCGCUACACGAUGGUAUGCUUUUUAGAUAGAUCAGAGCCGACUGAGAGCCAGGAAAGCGUUCGAAAGUAGGUUGUGGAUGACGAGGUCGCCAAAAUGGUGGGUUCGAUUCAGGUCGUCGUCGCGAGAUUCGUCAUUCUUUCCCGCGUUUCGAUCUCGACCUCGAGCAAGCUAAUCGCAACUAAACGCUACUACCUACAACUCCUAGUACUCCUACAAACCUCUACGCUUAGCUCUCAGAUCUUUGGCAUCAUCAGUAGUUGCUCGAACACAAUCAUAGAGGUACAAGGUCUCGAGUCAGCCUAUAAUGGCCUCCCUGUCUCCCGACCAGAGCGCACUGGAGCGACACGUCCUCUACAUCCUCCUCGACUCGAACCUCCCCACCGGAGGAUUCGUCGCUUCCUCUGGCCUGGAAUCGUACGCCAAACAUGGAUUCUUCUCCUCGUCCCAUCUUGCGUCCUUGUCCGAUACGCAAGGCUCAGAAAGAGCAGGGGUCGGGAUCCAGGAAGCUGUUGUGGCUUUCGCUCAGAGUUCGGUCAUGAACUAUGCCAAGAGCACUUUGGCGUUCGUCAAAGACGCUUGGACGAUGUUGGACCGGCUUCAGAUCGCCGAAGCUGGGGAUCUGUCGAAAGAGGCUACCGUGGCAACUCUCAAGAAGCUGGAUGACCUUUAUGAAGCUAUGACGUUGAAUCACGUUACCAGGAGAUCAUCUACGGCUCAGGGGAUCGCGCUGUUGACCCUCUUGACGAAAGGGUUCGCACCGCCCAACCUCAACUUUCCCGUACAGUCAACAAGGACAAACGUGAUGGAGGCAGGAGGGGAAGAGGACGAGCCGCUCUGGUGGAAGAGUUCGGUGGAUACGUUCAAGCGGAUGAUCCGAAGGGGAGAAGCUCAUGGGCAUCUGCCCGUCUGUUGGGGUGUCCUUACGCGUGCUAUGGGCUUGUCGCUAGAACGUUCUCUUCACCUUCACCUCUUCUUACACGUCCGGUCCCUCUUAUCAUCCGCUGUUCGGCUGAACCUUAUCGGACCUUAUGCAUCAACGCAAUUGUUAUUGCACUCCUUGCAACCUUGCAUCGAAGUUGAAACGCGGCGGAAUCUGGACACCAGGAGUGGGAUCGAGCUGCCCUUCUCACCGUACCAAGAACAGGCUCGGUCAAACGGGACCGAAAAGGCAGAGGCAGCCAAAACAGACAAUUCCCGGCAAAAUUCCAGUUCUAUACCUCCGACCAAUUGGGAUUGGGCGGAAGAUGUGCAAGAAGGACCGGCGGUAACCUGGCCUUUGGGAGAGUUGUUGAUGUGUCGGCAUGAUAUGCAACAUACGAGGAUCUUCAACUCGUAGCCGAGUGAGCCCAGGUUGUCGAGGUUGGACAUGGGGAUAUGGUGGAGGUGGAUGGGGUUGUUCUGGCCAUUGAGAAGGGUUAAUGGAGGAUUGAGCGGUGUUGGACCCUCUGAAGCGGGAUUACCCUCCGCUCCGGUUGAUGCCGUCGAGCUAUGGGUCUGUCUGCUAUUACCGACCCGACCGACAGAUUUCGGGGCAAAGGUCUGGUGCGAAGGCUACAACACAGAAUUGCCAGGUCCU